UACUUUGUGAUAUACUAAUACAAAGCAAACUUUCAUUUCAGUUUAGAAGCUGCGGGGGAUCGAGACACUUCUUUCUUUGAUCUAUAAACAAAUUUUCUACAGCCAUGAAACUCCUUCUCCUUGCUGCAGUGGUUGCCCUGAUUCAUGGGAUUACUGGAACCUUGAUCAUCAAAGGUCCAGCUGAGCCGGUUCUCGAGGGCACAGCCGUCCAUUUGGAGUGCCUGUAUGUAGACUCUGACCUCAAUGUCAGCGAGGUCCACUUUGAGUACCUUUCUCCGUACUCAUCGAACACAUGGCGAAGAGUUUGGGGGUACAACUUGGGUCGAUGGUGCUUUGGAGACAGUGAUUAUUACACUGAGGAGCUGAGAGGACGUCUGGAUAUUCCCUACCCAUAUAGAUACUCUGGAGUGAGCUUCCGCUGUGUCUCUGACAAUGAAAACGUAACCGCUCCAGACAAUGCAUCUGAGCCGCUGGCCUUCAAAGUCCAAUAUAUGAGAGAGCUGUCAGUGUACAUGGAAGGCUACAGCAAGUACCUGGGCAUCCCAGAGGACCUGAAGGUGCGAAAUGGAGACGAUGUAGAGCUGAAGUGCUCAGCAAGUUCAUCAGAAGAGCCGAACUACUACUGGCAGAAGGAGGAUAGUGACUGGAUUUUGCCAUCCCCUGUGCUGACUCUGAAGAAGGUGACCCCAAUGGAUGGAGGAAAGUACACCUGCAUGGCACAACAUCCUUCAGUGAAGUCUCUCUCCAGGAGGCGCACCAUCAGCAUCACCCUUCUGACUGAGGAUGCUGCCUGGUAUGAGACUACUAAUGGGCGGCUCUGGUUGAUGCUCUCUGCGGGCGCAGCAUCUUUGGUCGUGUUCAUCAUCUCUGUGAGUGUGUUCCUGUGCCGCAGAGCCAAGAGUGUCAGGACCAGCAAGGGGCCAAUUGAUGACCACUCUCAGAAAAAGCCCAUCUACAAAUCAAGCGUGGAGUCCCUUCCCUCCACCUCUGGAGACAAACAGCCGCUGGUGUAAACACUCAUGCAGGAAAGGCAGGAUAAGAAAGUUGGACACGAGAAGAGGAAGAUGGAAUGGUUGGCCACAAGGGUGGGAUGGGGUAAACAGGGAAGUGGAAAGGGUGAGGAAAAUAGGGAUAUUCGAAGGCUGCGGAGAAAAAAAUCGAAAUCAGUAACAAGCUAGGUGUAAAAAAAACAAACAAAUAAUGAAAAUGCUGAAGGGCAAAUGAUUGGUUUAGCAAUGCCUUUUUUGUGAGUGCCAGCUGCAUCUUGAACCACUGGGCAAUUUUAUUUUCAUUUACUGUGUAUUGUGGUAAAUAAGGAGCUUCAUUCUUUGCAAAUAUGAUGAAAAGAUUCUUCAGCUUGGAAUCCUUGUAUAAUUCCCUCCUUUCAGGUUCAAUGAUAAUUACUCAGCUGUUUAUUAUUGAUGAACUAUUUGGGUGGUAAGAGAAUACUUUUACUGUGUUUAUUUGUUUCUGUGUCAUUUUUAGUUCUGUGGAAAGGUUAUUAGAACCUCUUUACUUUGGCAGCACUCAGGCACUUUGCACUCUUAAUACUGCAUUUGUUUUAAUUCCCUGAUAAUAAAUGGCUUUAAAAAAAUA